GCCUAAAGGAGCGAUCAGUAUUUCGCAGGGGAGAGAUGCAUCGUAGAUAUUGUUCAAUUCAAGAAACAUGUGAUUACUUCAAUGAAUUGGGUAUACUUUACCAUGUACCAUAACAUAGAGAUUCCUUCUUAGUUGCUUUACAAUGUUACAGACUCGAUCACCAGCAUUUGCCAACUAUGUGCCAUUGAACUAGAAGCAACAAAACCCAUUAAAAAACCCAUAAUAUAAUAAUUAUUUUACUUCUCGACAAUAAGAAGCAGCCCCCACUCUUUCAAUCCAAAAAAAAUGGUGGAUUGGUGGUGGGGAGUUGUGGGUGCCUCGAUUCCUGCAGUAGUAGUUCAACAGAUUGUUAGGAGAAGCAGAAGAAGAGCAGAGGAGGAGCGUCUGAAAGCAGUAAUGGGGCGUGAAAAGAAUAACAACGAUGUAUUUGUGUGCGAGAGAGUGUGCACUUCAAAGAGGAUGCUGAACAAGGUGGGCGCUUUUUCUAAAGACCCAGUUGUUGAUACAUGCGUUACUGUCUGUGGGGUCUCUGAAUUGGAUGCAUGUGCGGAUGCCUGCGCUAGAACUGUUUGCGUAAACCAGCACCACGUGCCCAACUGGAAUGAAGUUUGUCAGCGUCGAUGCCAAAACGAAUGCCUUAAGCUCCGCCUUUAGCACCCCUUCAGGUUAGGGUUUUCAAAAUGCCAGUAGGGUUUUUGAUUUGGGUUUCGAGGGAUAGGGCUUACUUCAUAUCUGAUUUUGGACAGAAUUCUAGACGGCAUGAUUUGUGGUUGUAUCUUGUAAUAAAUUUUCCGUGCCAAAAUGAAUGUCCCAAGCUUUGCCCAUAAGCUUUCUAGGGUAUCGAGGUUAGGGAUUUCUAUGGCAUUCGGGCUUCCAGGUUAAAAUUUGAUUGGCAUUAAGUUUUCACUGGAUUUUUCUUAAACUUGAUAUUGGACAUACUUUAUGCAUUGCAUUUGAAUUUGCAAUGAUGUUUUGAUUUCCUCGGUUUAUUUCUUGUGUACCUUGCUUUUCUCAGAAUGAAAUGAUAUAAUAUUUGCCAAUUUGGUGUA